AUGACUGAGCGUUUGCUGCUCCACGUGACGUGGCCGAUCACCCGACAUGAGACCAUCCAGUUUAGUGGCCGCGGGGGUACCCGACGAGACGACCGGUCGUGCCGGGAUCGUCCGCAGGGGAGGUGGGAACCGGCUGCUCGCAAUGUUAUGCAGAUUCCUGCUCGGGACAAGGGACCAGCACGUAAUGUUGCGAACUGUGAUCCCAUUGUUUACUUAUGCGCCGCAUUUGAAUCGACUACUGGGCAGUGGUUCAGAACCGGGACAACCGCAACUUCAACCGCCAACGCUUUCGACAUUGUUCCUGUUUCUACGGACAUGCUGGAUGUUAUUUCAUCCUAUCAUUCUGAAGCAUGAAUACCCUUUUUUUUGGCGAAUGACGACGCGAAGGUCGUGCUUUCCCACGCGAUCGCAGCACGUUUUAUUUUACAUAAAGCUUGAAACUCCGCUGAUAAGCAGAGCAGCUUUUCUCGUAGCUUGAUUCUAUUUUCGACACAGUUUCGGAAAGUUCAGGCUAAUUUUCCUGCUUCGUAACGCGCAAUAAUGUGCAGAAAUACGAUAAUUACGAACCGGUUUCUUCAUCUUGAUAAUUCCCAUACCGGCGGUCCGGGUACAAUGGGCAAAUGGUCAGUUAGUUCGGGAAGUUUUUGCAAGUAUUGUUAAGAGCCUCUUUGGGUUCGAGACCAGAAGGAGCUUAAAUACCUAAAAGUGCGGAGUGGAUUUCGGAACCCGAGAGUCUGUUUCCCGCUCCCUGAGACCAUAACUAGUGAGAAUGUUUGAGGAGGAUCACUGGGUAUGGUUCUCAGGCAUGGGCAGCUGACCGCCGACGUUGGUUUCCCUUCCUCGUGUUCGUGAAAAGAAAAAGGAAAUAUGUUUCUGCUGAAAGAGUCAAUAAAGCGAGAUUCUUCCGACAA